CUGUAACACCAAGCGAUCUUAAAGGAAAAAUUAUAAGAAGUGAUGGUGUUAUAAUUUUUGAAAAAGUUCCAAUUAUUACUCCUAAUUAUGAUGUUUUGGUGAAAGAAUUAUCAUUCAAAGUUCAGACUGGAAUGAAUUGUUUAAUAUCUGGGCCUAAUGGAUGUGUACUAACCGUACCAACUUUCCUUCAACCUGUUAUUCAAUCAUGGGUUGCUUGGCUCUCGUUUACAUUUAUUGCAAUUCCGGUUUCUACCUUUUUCUUGAUUUGGGAUUUCCCAAAAUCUAUUUGGCGAUUGCUCUUCUCUGAUUAUCCUAAAGUUGUUCUGAUUACUGGUGCAAAUUCUGGUAUCGGAGCAGAACUUGCACUUGCCUAUGCAAGACCAAACACUACUAUUGGACUUAUUGCUCAUCGUUUAAACAAUGUAGCAACAGCCUGCAAAAAAAAAGGUGCAACUAUUCGCGUAAUGUCUUGUGAUAUUACUAAUCUGGAAGAUUUAAAUAGAAACAUCGAUGAGUUUGAUGAAGCUAAUCCGAUUGAACUAUUGAUUGCAAAUGCAGCCCAAAUUGGCAUUACAACUGAUCAAGAAUUAUCCGAUCAAUGGGAAGAUUUAUGGCAUAGGUAUUUUGAGGUGAACGUCGUAGGUACAUUGGCAACAGUUAUGACAACAUAUAAAAAAAUGCGUGACAGGGGAAAAGGUCAAAUUGCAAAUGAUGAUUGCGAAUUUUACAAUGACGAUGUAAUAUGUUUAGAAGGAGAAUGUGUUUUUAAAUGUUCAAGGGACAAAGAUUGUUUUCCAGAAGGCAAAUGUAUAUAUGAAAUAUGCAAUUGGAAUGAUAAAAAAACCCCAAAUUCACAGUCUUUAGAUUCAUGGUUGAAAAUAGAAGCAGAUCCAAUAGCAACAACAAUUACUGCACCUGUAACUGCUACAUCAAUUACAUCCACCGGCAUUACCACAUCAGUUAGUAAAAGUAUGCAUCGUGGAUUAAGACCUUUGAAAUUAUCACAUACAAGAACCAGCAGCAGCAGUAGUUUGGAUGGAAGCCGUCGUCGUAGUGGAUCAAAAAGUAAUAUUAUAGGUGAAACUACUACUGCCACAUCACUAUAA